AUGCUUGACCAGCUUUCGCCCGUUGCUCCUGCAAGAGUGCGAGCUGUCCUCCUGCCAAUUGGGCAGAUAAAGCGUGCUCGUUUUUUGAGCUUUGUGGAUAGGUUACAGCCGGAGAAUGUUGUUCAGCUAAGAGACAUCAGUCCAGAUGGACGGCCAAACAGGAACAUGUUCUCUCCACUCGCUUUUCCCACUGGCAUGAUUGUUUACGACCUUAUAACACACUACCCUCCACCUUCACACGUCGCCCUGUCCCCCUUCGAACUCUACCGUGAGCCCCUAGUCAUCAUCGCGAUUGCAGAUGGAAUUGAGCUCGACCAUGCAUCAUUUAAAAAACAUCCUAGGAGGAGCUUGAAUAGCGGAAAGUCCACGUCCCUAACGGAGCAGAACUUGCGCGAAUUAGAGCAAGACCUGGAGGACCUAAGAGACAGAUACCCAAAAGCAUUGGUGCAUCAACUCCUGUUGUUUGACCAUGUCCACAAGAAGCCCGCCGGGGCUCUACCUGAGGGUCUGGUGGCUGUGCCCCCACCUGCAGACUGCAAAAGGACGACAAUGAAGACAAUCAUGUGUGACAUCUCAUCCAUGCUGCUUGCGGAAAUGACAACUUUAGCAAAAUCAUUACAGGCGUUGAGCACGAUUGAAUCACCCAGUUUCAACCAAAGCAAUGGAGCAUACGGUGGGACAUGGUCAAUAGAUGAUGUGAUGUCGCGGCGCAAUUCAGUGAUUUCAUUACCUGCUUCUAGGUCUGAUUCACCGGGACCAGGUGCUGAUCGGGGUCAAUACCGGGUGUCAAUGCCACCACAACUACGGUCCGCGUCUUCAUAUUCCAACUCUCCUUCCGCGCCAACGACACCAGCGCCAUCUGAUUUACCUACAACCUUCGAGCAAAUAAUUGGGCCUGACAGCAAACAAACUCCAAGCCUUGUCUCGUCUCGAUUUGCUGGAGUUGCAGGGGCUAUCAGGGACGUAAGCCGUGACCGAGUCUCUGUACAGGGAUUUGGACCAGGAAGUAGCAGUGAACGGUCACGCAAUGUCGGCAGAGCCCGGGUUGGUAUAGUCAUUGGCUCACUCUAUAUGUGCGCUGGUAGAUGGAGUGAUGCAAUACGUGAUCUGGUUGAAGCAGUGCAAAUUGCUAAAACCAAUCUUGAUCAUUUGUGGCACGCCAAAGCACUCGAAAAUAUUCUGGUGAGCAUGCUUAUGCUCGCUUGGGCUGGAUUGGAUUUUCAAAUUCCGCAAGUCUGUUAUCUUUCAGCUGAGAAAGCUGCUCCACAGCCAUCAGACUCACUCGAGCCCCGGACUCCCACAAGCAGCCGUCUCGUAUCGCUGCAAAAUCUGGCAGCUUUACUUCCAGAGUUGGUGGAAAGAAUCAUGAAUCUCUAUGCUCGAGCAGCUAGUAAUACUGGGGAGGCUUUACCACAAUAUCCUUUCUCGGAGACUGUUAUCCGGUUUUCGAAAUUGUUGUCAGCUAUCCAUCUCGCUGGCGGCGCCAUCAGUGAUGAAGUUCUACAAUUCUUAGUUACUGGUACCCCAUUCACGAAGCGGGCAAAUACUCUAACGCCACGAUUAAACAUAAAUCCCACGCGUACGGAGAUUACGAGAAUACUCUUUCGUGCUUUUCCAUCGCCUCAUCUAGAGCAACUAUCUGUCCUGGAUCGCACGACACUACUGGGCGGCAUUGCUUCGGUUCUAGCAUCAUUGGGGUAUAAUAGGAAGAAGGCUAUGGUAAUCCGCGAGCUGGUAGCUGUUCUGAUACCAGGACUUGUCCAGGCACGAAUUGCAGGAGCUGCGGAGAUGGGUGUGCACCCUGCUGCAGGCCUGGCUUCUCUCAGCCCAAUCAGUGGCACCGCAAAUGGCGCAGGCUCGCUUGAUCUGGGUGAAGGUGACAUCGAAAGCGGUGUUGAUGCGUUUCUCAGUCUGCUAGGUCAGACUUAUGGCGUUGUCACGUCUAAGCAGAACAGUGCUCAGACAGUUCCAAUCAAUGAUUCCGACGACGCUGCAAUUGCAAGAAUCAUUGACAAUGCUAUUGUGAGAUCAUUUGGUGGCCAGACUCUGAAAAUGGAUGUCCUUCGCUCUUGCAUUAAUCUCUCCGAAGCCUUGCCUGAUUUUCAUGGCGUUCUUAAAUUUACAGCGGAUUUAUUGAGGACAGCAGGCAGUGGCGUCGCUCCUGGGCCUCGUAGUGAGGAUGCAUCUCCUGCAAUGAGCCGUGAAGAGCAAAUCAAGCUUUCCAAUAAUAUCUCGAGAACACUGAGUUCAGCCCGAAAUUUGGGUAUCAAAAAUCUGGCUGCUGAAUACUGGGACGAAUUCCUUGUCCGCGGAGUAGAUCUCGAGUCUUUACCGGAAGCACGAACUCCAAUCCCUCAUACACGAAAUGAACUACCUGGGGUCUCAGCUGUCUCUUCAUCAAGUGAAGUGAAUCCCUUCAUAUACAACCCUUUCUUGAAGAAACCAGAUACUGAAGGUGCGAGCAAUCUCCUUGUGGCUGGCGAGAGUGCUGUCUUCAGAAUUACGUUACAGAAUCCCUAUGAAUUUGAUGUCGAAAUAGAGAGCAUCAAACUGGAGACGCAAGGGACUGAAUUUGAAUCAUCAACCCAGAAAACUGUGGUUGGGCCCUACCGAACUCAAAUCCUCGCCAUCUCCGGAACUCCCAAGGCUCCGGGACCGUUGAAGGUAACUGGAUGCAUUGUACGGGUUCGAGGCUGCAGAGAAAGACGCUUUCCAAUCUUUAGAGAACCAUGGUCUCCAAAGGCAGAUGUCAAGAUCAAAGAAAUUGGGCUUGCUACUAUUUUUAAGCCAAAGCAUCGUCCCGUAAGCGCCGGGACCGGCGCCCAAAUCUCGACCAUGAUACCUCCUAAAGCUACAUCUCUUGAGCUGAAUGUAAUUGGUAGACAACCACUCGUGGUUGUAAAAUCAACUACGCUCUCUCAGUCUGCGAUUAUGAUUCUCGAAGGCGAACGCCAGAAGUUCUCUAUCACGUUACAGAACCUCUCUAAAGACACUCCGGUCGAUCGUCUCCUAUUUUCAUUCAAGGAUUCAACUCAAGAGCCGCUUCGGACAGCGAUGAGUAAUCGGGAUGUAUCUGCUGCCGACUUAUAUGAAAUGGAGCUCAUUUAUGCACGGAAGCAAGCGAUACGCUGGAUACCACGAAAUAAUGAGGUCCCGUAUAUCCCCCCUGGUGGCACAGGAACGUUCGACAUGGAGAUCCUCGGAAAGCCUGGACUUACAAAUGCCAUCGUCCUAGUAGAUUAUACAUAUCUGGGUAUGCCUGAAAAUGAAGUUCCAGAAGAUUUCCAUUCUUUUCACACGCGGCAGGUCAGCUUGCCCAUUACCAUCACUGUUAAUGCGAGCAUUGAAAUGAUGCGAAUGGACUGUUUACCUCUUAUUGGGAGUUUACCAAACUCCCUCUGGGAUAAGUUGGAUACAAACGAAGCUAAGAAGAGAGACAUUCUCCCGGACGAGUAUUGUUUGCUUCUACUAGAUCUUCGGAAUGCGUGGCCAACCCCUCUUCAAGUCCAUCUUGAAGUCACCAACGGCAGCACUUAUGACGAAGAGAUUCUUCCAGGAAAUAUCUCACGAAUAAUGUUCCCAAUUCGCCGCAUAUUCCUCCCCGACCCUACAAAACCCAUACCUGCCCUCGAUCCUUCUCGCCAACGGCAAUUCGUCGUUAGCACUGGCCGUGUCUCAGCUGACACAGAACGAACAAGCAGAGAAGCAUUCUGGUAUCGAGAAGAAAUUCUCAAGACCCUCCAUGGCACCUGGUCAACCAGGUCCGGAUGCCUGCGAAAAGGGGAUAUCGAACUUCGUAGCAUCCGACUAAGUCAGCGUAUUAUUGAUAUCAUCAAGAUUGACGAUGUCGGUAUUGAUAUCUCUCUCAGCGGCGAUAAGUCCAGGAAUUCAAAAUAUGAACUCCUCACCGAUAGCUUCUCAGAGCUUAGUGUACGGGUUAGCAAUCGUACGACAGACCCCAUAUCUCCAUUCAUCCGUAUCCAACCUUCACUGCGAAAUCAGCCUCACAACGCAUCCCUUGACCUGUCAAAGAAAUUCAUAUUCAAUGGCACUUUACAACAGGCGUUGCCGCAAAUACCUGCGAAUGGGUCAGUGGAAGUUGGGUUCAACGUGACUGCUCUCUGUCGAGGAGAGUUCGAGAUCAGCGCUUCCGUUGAAGAGGUCAGACUACUGGAUUCUGGUGGUACUGCUGAAGAUGGAGAAACACGCCGGAGGGCGGACACAAGAACGUUGAUGGACGCGUUGCUUGGCACAAAGGAGAGAAGGAUAUGGCAUUCGAGGGAGCCUUGCUUGUUGAUAGUUAGGGAUGAGGAUAGUGAUGACGAUGACGAUAGUGACGAUAGUGAUGAGUGA